AUGGCUCCAUUCAAGCCCACCCACUCUGGUCGAGGUAACUCUGAUCGAGGCGGCGCAAGACGAGGACGUCCCAAUCAUGGCGUAGAGAAGGCUGCACCUACCAUUCAGGCGCCAGAUCAGGAGGGUUUCAAAGCCGCCGUCCAAGCAGAGGUUUCUCGGCAGCUAGCAGGGUUGUCCGUCAAUGUCGGCGACUCAAACAUGACUGGUGUUGAGGGAUCUGAUCCCCAGCCCGGUCUUCCACGUGGAGGCGCUCGAUCGACUCGAAGGGGAUACACUGGCCGUAACGGUCGAGGCGGAUCUCACUUGGGGCGUGGUAGAGCCUACCGCAACAGUCAGACAUCGCACCGCCCAGGGACUGCGUCUUCCAAUAUGGAACCUCGAUUUCUCCCAUCGGCCACCGCAUCUGAGAUGAUUUGGGUGGCAGACAGACAGGGUAACAAGGCAGCCAAGAUUGUCAACCACACACCUCUAAGUGAUAACACCGAUGCCUUCGCGCAGAGACGACCCUACAAUCAAUGUUGGGGAGUUACACCUGGCUAUGGCUUGAACGAGGAGGCCCAGGACCUCUUGAAUAGGGCAGGACCAGGAUACACCCGUGUGAUGUAUCAGCUGGUCGCGGUGAGUGAGGAGCAUUUCAAUGCCGUCUCCCAGAAUGCCGUCGAGAAGACCAUUGAAGAUCACAAUGGGAAGAAUGUUAAGGGGAAGAACGCCCUCCUCUUGCGAGCUGGGGUUGAUCCGCAUCCAGAGCGAGAGGACGAGGAAGAGGAAGAGGAACACAAGGUGUGCGAUAGCCCUGAUGUCAAAAUCAAAACAGAGAUGUGGACAUGA